AUGGCACCACAUGAAUACCACACCGACUUUUUCAAUCGGAAAUGUUACUAUAGCUACAACUGUCAGGCUAUGGUAGAUGACAGAUACUGCUUUCGUGAUCUGUGUGUUGGAAUGCCAGGAAGUGUUCAUGAUGCAAAGGUUUUGGCACACUCCGAACUUUUCAAAGAGUUUGAGGAGCGCAAUUACUUGACAGAUGUGUCCGUCGAAGUCAAUGGUACGAAAGUACCACCAGUUAUCCUUGGAGAUCCCGCAUACCCACUUCUCAGUUGGAUAGUGAAACCGUAUCCAGAAACUACGGCAAUAACACAGGAGGAAAAAAACUUUAAUCACCAGUUCAGCAGAAAUAGGAUGGUCGUUGAAAACAGCUUCGGCCGCCUGAAAGGUCGCUGGAGGCGUCUGCUGAAGCGCAUCGAUUUUUAUCAUGAGGAUGUUCCUGAACUCUUUGUUGCGUGCUGUACACUCCACAAUUUGUGCGAGAUGGAGGGGGAUGAUUUCGAUGCCAAAUGGCUGGACAAGGUCAAGGAAAGAAUUGCCGACAUGGAGGUGCCGAUGAGAGCUCUGGCAGUGGCUCAUGCCACUCGAAAUGAAGAUCCCCAUGCUGUACGUAACACCUUGAAGAACUACUACAUCGAAGAGUAA